AGAGCAUCCGCUCAACCGUUCUCCGGUAUCUAGCCAUAAUUGACACCAAAUAUGAAUCAUCCCAAAACAACUACAGACCAUCUCGAGUCAGUGGAGCAGGAUCAAAAGUUAGAAACACAAUGGCCAGCACAGUUCGACCCAAUUCUUCUACGUCGGGUAAUCAGGAAGGUCGAUUGGAUGGUGAUUCCAUUCAUCUGCAUCACAUAUCUUAUCACCUACAUCGAUAAAGCAAUGAUGGGCUACGCCGCUGUUUUUGGGCUGAAGGAAGAUUUACAUCUAAAAGGAACUGAGUAUAGCUGGUUGGGGAGCAUGUUCUACUUUGGGUAUCUCGCCUUUGAAAACCCUUCUGUUUUUGCCAUGCAGAAACACUCCGUGGCCAAAUGGCUGUCUGUCAAUGUCUUCAUCUGGGGCGGAGUGACUAUGGCUCUGGCGGCAUGUACGCAUUUUCAACCCUUUCUCGGUCUGAGAUUUGUCCUGGGUGCUCUCGAGUCAUGCUCCACACCAGCCUAUCUCCUCAUUACAGCAACAUGGUAUACUAUUGAGGAACAGCCGAUCAGGAUAGGAUGGUGGUCCACCUUUCUUGGUAUUGCAAAUGCGUUUGGAGGGCUGUUGGCAUUCGCUAUCGGCCAUAUCCAAGGCAAUCUGUCGUCGUGGCAGUACCAAUUCAUUAUCAUUGGUGCUAUAUCUUCUGUGUGGGGAAUAUUUAUGUUCUUUACUCUUGCGGAUGGGCUGUCUACUGCUCGCUGGCUUAACGCACAAGAAAAAUACGUCGCCGUCCACCGUCUCGGCCCCAAACAUUCCGGCACCAGGGUGUCCGAAAUCAAAAUGUACCAGAUGUGGGAAGCCCUGACAGAUCCCAAAACGUGGUUCUUCUUCCUCUGUGGCGUCUGCACGCAAGUCGUCAACGGGGCGGCGAGUAACUUUGGGAGUCUCAUCAUCGAGGGGUUCGGAUAUUCGAAUCUUGUCACGACACUGUUCCAGAUUCCGUACGGUAUGGUAAUAUUGGUGUCCAACGUGUCUGCCAUGUAUAUCCAGCGAUGGCUGCCAGGGCAGAAGAGGUGUAUUGUCGGUGCUAUAUAUCUUACAAGUACUUAUACCGCAUCAUUCGCAAUGAUCAUGUCUCUCAUCACAGCAAACACAGGAGGGACCACCAAGCGAUCGGUUGUGAAUGCCAUUUUUUUCAUCUCGUACUGUGUUGGAAAUAUUGUUGGGCCAUUUGCCUUCAAAUCCGGCGAAGCACCCCAAUAUACAUCCGGGAUCAUUGCCAUGCUGGUCGCAUAUUGUGUUGAGAUUUUUCUCUUACUCGGGUUCGCAGUCUAUGCGGCAUAUUUGAAUCGCACGAAGGAUGGGAUUACAACCACAAGUGGCCAGACGGAUUCCGACGUCGACCAGACAGAUAGAGAGAAUGCCCACUUUAGAUAUUCGUACUGA